GAUUUUGAGUGCGGUGUAAUGAAGAUGGUCCUCGCUUGUUCGUCCCUUAGUAGAGUUAGUUCAAUGAUUACUUUCGCAGUUGUCGUUGUGGUGGUGUUUGUGCCUGCAGUGACUCAUGCUCUCUACUUCCACAUAUCGGAGACGGAGAGAAAGUGUUUCAUCGAAGAAGUGCCUGACGAAACUCUGGUCAAAGGUAAUUACAAGACAAUGAUCCAGAAUACCCAGACAAACGAGUUCCUACCGCCCAGUCAGGGCAUCGGGAUGCACGUGGACGUCCGAGAUCCCAACGACAAGAUGGUUUUGAGUCGGACGUACUCGGCCCAGGGCCAGUUCACAUUCAUAUCGCACAUACCUGGCGAACACGUGAUCUGUCUGUACUCGAACACGAGCAAGUGGUUCGGAGGGGCCAAACUGAGAGUGUACCUGGACAUUCAGGUGGGGGAGCAUGCGAAUAACUACCAGGAGAUAGCCUCGAAGGAUAAACUGUCUGAGUUGCAACUGCGGAUGCGACAGUUGAAUGACCAGGUGCAGCAGAUACAGAAGGAACAAAAUUACCAGAGGCAACGCGAGAAGAGAUUCCGAGACACUAGCGAGUCCACUAGUCAGCGAGUGAUUGUGUGGGCCAUGUUCCAACUGGUCAUCCUGGUCGCGCUCGGAUUCUGGCAAGUGCAGCACCUCAAGAAGUUCUUUAUCGCCAAGAAGCUCGUCUGAUUGAAGUGAACCAAAGACCAUCUUACCAACAUCACUACUAGGCGUUCUCGGCAGUCUAAUUUAAACAAAAAUGCAGAAACUGUGUUCUUAUGGAUAGUGUAUAUCAUUUUCGGACAAAAGUCGGAAUUACAAAGAGGUCUUGUGUAUAUGUAACACAAAAAAAAACAACUGGCGUGCAUUAAAAGAAAGAGCCUAUAGAAUGAAUCAAAACUACGAAUGAAAGAAUGGACUAGUAAAAAACUCUUAGCGUUAGACUGCAUAAUUGAAGUACUUUUUUUGGAAAUCGCGCAGUAAUUCUCAAUUGAAUGACCGUUUUUAAAACAAUUCGAGUUGUGAAUUUAUCGUUGUAAUCAUCCAUAGCUUGAAAACAUAUUGCUUGAAACAAUAUUGUACUUUUUUUUCAGUUAUUUUGAAAAUAUGAGCUUUUGAGUCGAGCAUAUGGCAAUUACAACCAAUUUGGUGUAAUCAUAACCGCUUUAUUUGGUUGAAUGAUGAAAUUGAUGUAAAUUACGUGUUUUGACUUUACAUAAGGCGAUGGGUUGAGUUAAUAAUAUUUUUAUGUCCUGGUUUUUUGUUUCAUUUUACUCCAUUUGACGCAAUCAAUUUUUGGAGUCAAACAAAAAGAGCAUUUCAAUUGGUAUCAAUAAAUUGAUUUGAAUAAUUUCGUCUCUUGUCUUUGCAGGCGCUCCCUGUUAUUAUAUCAUUUUUGUCUUUUGAGAAGUUGUUCCUAUGGAGUAUUUCAUUUAUUUGUAAAUUCAGCUUAUAUAAAUUUAAAUUCAUUAUGCGGUUUUUCAAA